CCUAAUUAAUUCGAGAAAUCCAAAUCCAGAAUUCCUCCGAUCGAUGAAGAAGCGGCGGCGAGAGCCCAACCCCCUUCUCCCGGCGCUCGCAUCCGCCACCGGACCGGCGCUGAUCAAGUAUCUCGCCUCCUGCAGCACGUCGGUCCGUUCCCAAUCGCUCCGCCUCAUCCACUCGUGGCUCGCCUCCCACUCCCAGUCUCUCUCCGAAUGGGACAUCAAACGCCUCUGGAAAGGCAUCUUCUACUCCCUCUGGCACGCCGACAAGGCCUCCAAUCAGGCCGCGCUCAUCGAUCGGUUAGCCUCUCUCUUCCUCUCGCUCCAUCCGCCCAUCAGUUUGGAGUUUUUCCGAGGAUUUCUGCAGACUCUCCGCCGCGAGUGGCCGGGGAUCGACAGAUUGAGAUUGGACAAGUUCUACCUACUGAUUCGCCGCUUCGUGAAGGCGUUAUUUGAGCUGAUGAGGAUGAGAAAUUGGGAUGUAGAUGUAUUGACGGAGUAUUUUAGGGUUUUGCAGAGCGAUGCUUUAAUGGCGGACGACAAAACGGCUCUGCAGGGGAGCGGUGUGAAUUACCACGUGGUUUCUGUGUUUCUGGAGGAAUUGAAGGCCGUCGGCGGUUUUCCGGCGAGGAUCGAGGUUGUGGACGCGGUUUUGCGGCCAUUUUUGGAGGUUCUGAUGAGAUGUGAGGAUAAGAUAUUGUUGGGGAAGGUGAAGACCUGUUUGUUCGAUGAGUUUUUGAGGAUGGGAAAGGAUUUGCUGUCGAAGAAGAAGAUGGGAAUGGAAUUCGAUGAGAAGGAUGGGGAUACAUUGUUGGGUGUAGUUGCUUUGAGAAUGGGGUUUUCGGGGAGGCUUUACGUCCUCGGAUCAUCGCCAGAUUGCGUUCCCGGCAAUCGGAAGGUUGUGUUGGGGUUACACAGCGAGUUUCUCAAGUUGGAAAACGAUCUAGUGUCGUCUGGAGUUGAAAUUGUCGAGCCGGAUUAUCGUUACGAUGUUGAGAUGCCUCCAUUGAUUGCCCCGAUGAAUUUUGAUCGAAUCACCGAUAAGCAGAGGAGGAAGAAGAAGAUGAAGCCGAAGAAGAAGAGUGAUGACGAUGAUUCGGAUAGGGUUAAUGGCGAUGGCAAUGUGCGAUUGAUUAGUAGUUUUGAAGAUGAAAUCGAUGGAGAAGCUGCGUUGUCUUUGAAUCAAGAUGUUAUAUCUAAUCUUCGGGAGCAUUUCGAUAAGUUUGGCGCCGAAAUAGGUACGGAAACGGAUGAAGACUCGGAUUCAGACUCCGACUCAUUCGAAAGUUCUUUAAAAAAUAGUAAGCAGAAAAGGAUGGAUAGUGAUCAUUGUUGUCCGAACGAAAAUGGGAUGACAACGAGCUCGGACAAGAGUGUGAAGAGGGUCCGGUUUUCGAUGAAGAGCAACUUAAUUUGGAAGCCUCAGAAUCCGUUGCCUCCGGAAAGUUUGAGAUUGCCGCCCUCGGUUAUGCCAAGAGGUAGUGCAUUGAAGAAGGGGGUUUUGCCGGGGCCUGUUGUGGAGAUUCCGGAUGUCGAGAAAAAGGUGAAGCAAAAGAAGGGGAAGAAGAAAAAGAAGAAAUUUAAAAAAUAAUCGAUGAAGUAUACACCGAAACAAUCCAUUUGCGGCGACGGUAUAUCUGCAUAUCUCUAUUUUCAUGCUUUAUCUUGAGUUUGAUUAUUCACAUGAAUUCUUUACAGCAGUUUCUCGGGUUAUUUAUAAUCAUUUGAAGUUAUAUAAUGCGUUUGGGAAAUUAUGAAGUUCGUUAUGAUGGCUUGUUGUGCUAGUGGGAAAUAUGUUUGUCAAUUGUCGAAAUUAAAAUGCCCGUUGUGUUAGGAAACUUAUUAUGCCAUAACAAAAUUUAUACCUUACCUUUGCGUU